AAUAAUAAUAAUAAUAAUAAUAAUAAUAAUAAUAAUAAUAAUAAUAAUAAUAAUAAUAAUAAUAAUAAUAAUAAUAAUAAUAAUAAUAAUAAUAAUAAUAAUAAUAAUAAUAAUAAUAAUAAUAAUAAUAAUAAUAAUAAUAAUAAUAAUAAUAAUAAUAAUAAUAAUAAUAAUAAUAAUAAUAAUAAUAAUAAUAAUAAUAAUAAUAAUAAUAAUAAUAAUAAUAAUAAUAAUAAUAAUAAUAAUAAUAAUAAUAAUAAUAAUAAUAAUAAUAAUAAUAAUAAUAAUAAUAAUAAUAAUAAUAAUAAUAAUAAUAAUAAUAAUAAUAAUAAUAAUAAUAAUAAUAAUAAUAAUAAUAAUAAUAAUAAUAAUAAUAAUAAUAAUAAUAAUAAUAAUAAUAAUAAUAAUAAUAAUAAUAAUAAUAAUAAUAAUAAUAAUAAUAAUAAUAAUAAUAAUAAUAAUAAUAAUAAUAAUAAUAAUAUACUUAUAAAAAAUAAUUAUAAUAAUAAUAAUAAUAAUAAUAAUAAUAAUAAUAAUAAU